AUGAGGACGCCUUACACGUGCAGACAAUGUCUGUCGCUGUUAAGGAAACCUGGAAUGCAAUUACGACCCUCGCAGAGCCUUAGACCCUUCGCCCAGAAUGCCGUGUCGCAACGCAAUCACUCGACCAAAAGUCCAGCACCACCUAAGCUGGCCCUGCCGAAACGAAGUCUGUCUACUACACCAAGCCGGGCUUUUGAUAAAGCAUUCGAACCAUAUGACUACAUCGAUCCCGAGGGUAACCGGCGGACGCUGGUCUUGACCGAAGAUAACCUGUUCAACUCCUUCACCAACUCACCCAUACCGCAAAUACGCAAACGCGCAGCUUUCAUGCGCCAACAUGCAUACUGUCCACACCCAUCGCAUAAGCCGACGCGCGCACCCAAUAACCCCAUGGACCUCGAAGCUCGCAAAUCAUCUGAAAAUGGCGCUCCGCCCGCGCACGUAGACUUUGAAUGCCCCGAUUGCGGUAUCCCUGUGUACUGCUGCGAAGAACACUGGGCGGACGACUACGAGGCUCAUUUGGAGGUAUGCGACGUGUUGAGACAGAGCAAUGAGGAUGAUCACGACUUGAGGAGCGGGCGUUUCUUCAAGGAGUUUCAGUUUGCUGAACCGCAAAUGGAGGAAAUCUUGGUCAACAUGACGAGUUGGGAUACAUAUCUGUAUACGAGGGACUAUGAUGCCUUGAAUGACGACCGGGAGAUGAGACAGGCAACUAAGCUGUUGUCAUAUCCGAUGACGAUUGCAAGCGUCCUAAACGAGCUGAGUCCGUACAACAUCCGCAAGAAUGGACGCAUGACACCAGAGGGCUUGAAGAGCUUCAGCGCCCUCCGGCACACCCUCCACCCCCCUCGUACAGGCGGCGGUAACGACUGGAAGAACGCGCGCAUUGCCCCACCCGCCGUCCGUCUCUUCAUCCUCGGCGCACGCGCAGAAUCCUCGCUCCCCCGCGAAACCUGGAUGCAACUAUCCUACCUCUUCCACCGCGUGCAAUUCUCCCUCAACUUCAUUGGACCGGAAAGCAUGGCAAACCGCGAAAAGGAACUUCCCCUCCCCGAGCGCACACCCCUCAAUCCUUUCGGCGCCGUCAUCGAAGACCGCAUUAGCAGCUCGAUGAAAAUCAGCACUUUUGUCGAAUACUUCCACAACAUUCACAAGACGGGUUAUUUUUACCCUUACGACCCUUACUUUGACUGCUUCGUUGUUUUCCACCCCGGUUUUGGCAAUCCGGCUUCCGCACAUGAGUGGGAGGAAACUCUACCCCUCCUUCUCGAGACUAAAGUUCCUAUCAUCGCGACUGGAUAUUCGCCCGGAGAUAUGCAACAGGAUGUUGACUUUUUGAACAAGCGUUUCGGAAAUGAAAUGGACGUUUUGCUCGAGCCGGGUGAGAAUCUGUUUAGGAGUCUGAGGUGGGAUCUUAACGAUCUUGAUCCUCAUGAUGUCACGUGUAGUAAUUGGGGCGUGUAUGCUUUCCGCGGUAAGCGGUAUGAGACUACGAAGAAGGAAGAGGAGAAGGAGGUGCAUAGUGAUCGAACUGCGUAGGUGAGUGUGUAAAUGUGUAGAUAUGUAUAGUACUUCUGCAUCUUG